GGGACGGGCGCGACCAUGGCGCGGUGAGGGAGCGGGGGUGGGGAUCGGUCCCGGGGAGGCCUGGGGCCGCUGGCUUGUGCGCCGUCUCGGCCGCCCCCGCUUUCGCCGCCGCCGCCGCCCCGGGCAUGUCGUCCAACUGCACCAGCACCACGGCGGUGGCGGUGGCGCCGCUCAGCGCCAGCAAGACCAAGACCAAGAAGAAGCAUUUCGUGUGCCAGAAAGUGAAGCUAUUCCGGGCCAGCGAGCCGAUCCUCAGCGUCCUGAUGUGGGGGGUGAACCACACGAUCAAUGAGCUGAGCAAUGUCCCUGUGCCUGUCAUGCUAAUGCCAGAUGACUUCAAAGCAUACAGCAAGAUCAAGGUGGACAAUCAUCUCUUCAAUAAGGAGAACCUCCCCAGCCGCUUCAAGUUUAAGGAGUACUGCCCCAUGGUGUUCCGGAAUCUCCGGGAGAGGUUUGGGAUUGAUGAUCAGGAUUACCAGAACUCAGUGACGCGCAGCGCCCCCAUCAACAGUGACAGCCAGGGCCGCUGUGGCACGCGCUUCCUCACCACCUACGACCGGCGCUUUGUCAUCAAGACCGUGUCAAGUGAGGAUGUGGCUGAGAUGCACAACAUCUUAAAGAAAUACCACCAGUUCAUCGUGGAGUGUCAUGGCAGCAGCCUUUUGCCGCAGUUCCUGGGCAUGUACCGCUUGACCGUGGACGGCGUCGAGACCUACAUGGUGGUCACCAGGAAUGUGUUCAGCCACCGGCUCACUGUCCACCGCAAGUACGACCUCAAGGGCUCUACUGUCGCCAGAGAAGCCAGUGAUAAGGAGAAGGCCAAGGACUUGCCAACAUUCAAAGACAACGACUUCCUCAAUGAAGGGCAGAAGCUGCAUGUGGGAGAGGAGAGUAAAAAGAACUUCCUGGAAAAACUGAAGCGGGACGUAGAGUUCCUGGCCCAGCUGAAGAUCAUGGACUACAGCCUGCUGGUGGGCAUCCACGACGUGGACCGGGCGGAGCAGGAGGAGAUGGAGGUGGAGGAGCGGGCCGAGGACGAGGAGUGCGAGAACGACGGGCUGGGGGGCAACCUGCUCUGCUCCUACGGCACGCCUCCCGACAGCCCGGGCAACCUCCUCAGCUUCCCCCGCUUCUUUGGCCCCGGGGAGUUCGACCCCUCUGUUGAUGUCUAUGCCAUGAAAAGCCAUGAAAGUGCCCCCAAGAAGGAGGUCUAUUUCAUGGCCAUCAUUGAUAUCCUCACGCCGUACGACACGAAGAAGAAAGCUGCCCAUGCUGCCAAGACGGUGAAGCACGGGGCAGGGGCCGAGAUCUCGACUGUGAACCCUGAGCAGUACUCCAAACGCUUCAACGAGUUCAUGUCCAACAUCCUGACGUAGUUACCUUCUACCUUCAGCCAGAGCCAGAGAGCCGGAUGUGGGGUCGGGGUCGGAAAAGGGAGAGGGUGUAUUUGGGCUGGA